AUGACUACAUUCUGCGGUAUACAAAUACAAGGAAUACGCUCAUUUCAUCCUGAUAGUCCGGAAUUAAUCGAGCUCAACCCGCCAUUGACUGUUAUUGUUGGUCAUAAUGGUGCCGGAAAGACUACUAUCGUCGAAUGUUUGCGAUAUGUAACUACUGGAAAACUUCCGGGUGGUACUUUCGUCCAUGAUCCAAGAUUCUCCCCCCUGGGGUUAUCCAACGCGGAAAAUCAGUUAUUACAACGAUCUGAAGUUAAGGCGCAAGUCCGUCUGCUGUUCAAAGACGAAAAAGAUAACAAAUAUUUAUGUUGUCGAUCCUUGAGUGGCACCGCUACUGGGAAGGGUAAAGGAACUUCUACUAUAUCACAGAAAUCGGUUGAUGGUGUGUUUGCCAUUCACAAUGCAGAGAACGUGCAAAGAAGCGUGACAAUGAAAUGUAGUGAUCUGGAUCUUAAAGUGCGAAUGCUUCUUGGAGUUCCAAAAACAAUUCUCGAGAGCGUUAUUUUUUGUAUACAGGAAGAUUCGAAUUGGCCCCUGGCGGAUCCGGCAACUCUGAAAAAGAGAUUUGAUGAAAUUUUCGGUUUGGACGGGUGGAAAGCAACGCUAGAUACUUUUAACGUUCCAGAGAAAAAACUACUCGAAAGGCAAAAAGUGACUCACACACAAUUACAGUAUCUAAGGACUGAGAACGAUAUGGCCGAACAAACUAAACAAAGGUUACAAGAGUAUCAAGCGGAGGAAUCCAGGUGUGAGCAAGUUUCCGCUGAUCUUGAUCAACGUAUCGAGCAAGUCGAGACACAAAUCGCUACUCUGGAGAAUAUCCGAGAUACUCUUAAAGAAAAAGAACACGACAAGACUAUGCUUGAAAAGUCUGUUAGCAGCCUCAGAGAGCAUAUAAAUGUGUUACAAGCAUCCGAUGAGGAGCUUAAUAUGGAAUUCAUUCGUUACAAUGAGGAGAUUGAUAAGCGUGAAUUACGUCGUGAAGAACUCAGAGCAGACGUGGAGCGUAUACGUAAUGAGAAGCAGAGUUACGAAAAUCAGAUAAUGGAAAUGGAAAGACAAAUAACCAGACAUUCUAUGAACAUCGAAAACCAUAAACAAAAAAUUGCGGAACUCGAACAAGCUUUUAAUGACGAAGCGCAUCCGUUAAGAGAUACUGUUCAGAUUUUUGCAGAUACUUUCAAGUCUCCAACGCGUAUAUCUCAGCAAAAAGGAGAAUUAGUUAAAAGAAAGAAUCAAAUUGAGGUCUUCUUCAAACAGCUAAAGGCGGAAGCUCAUCAGC